GUGUGCUGGUUCUCGCAGAUGCCUUAGUUCAUUUUUGUUUCUGCAACGCGUGUUUGUGUCGGGCAAGUUUCUCGCCAGUUUUUCGUGUUGUGAAGUGAAAUUAAAAAACAAUUUUAAGCCAAACCAAUCGCUCGUUGGUGUGUUAAACUGUUUAAUUAUGUCAUUGCCGUCAUCGCAUAGUGCAGCGUAUAAGGCGAAUGUUAAACUAUGUCGGGCUAUCGAGAAAGAACCUACUUUAUAUGAUCCAAACCAUGAACAUCAUAGAAAAAGACAGCCAUCGGAGAUUUGCUGGGAGUCGGUUGCGGCGGAGACGGGAGUGUCGGUGGAUAAAUGCAAACGACGCUGGCGUCAAAUACGCAGCGAUUACAUUGCCAAUCGCAAUGCGCCGAACUUCCUCAUGGCCGAAGAGCUUGCGUUUCUUAACGCUCACCUGCCGACGCCGUCCGAGUUGAGUACGGUCGGCGAAAAGGAUACAAGUAAGAAGGACAAUGAGAGCGAGCGAGAUAGCAAGAGUAAGAGCAAGGAACCUUCGGUUGAGCUGAGCUAUAAAGAGGAGGAAUACGAAGACUCAGAAGCAGUUGAGGAACAGCCGUUGUCCAAGCUAAAGCAGACAACUUUGAGCCAAAAACAAACAGAAUCCGAACAAGACAAAAUCAAGCCAAAGGACAAGAAAGUCGAGCAGAAGAAGGAAGCCAAGAACAAGCGUAAAUACAGCGAAUAUUACGAGAAGGAAGAGGAACACGAAGCAGAGGACAAAAAAGAAGCAGCAAAGCUGGAGCAGCCACAACGCCUGCGUCUCGACAGCAACAAGUCAGAGUUCUUCAUCAAGCAGAGCAGCAAGACGACACCUAACUGUCUCAUCAUUGGCAAGAAACAGCCCACAGAAGACGCCACAACGGGGCCGCCACAGCUUGCCGACGAUCACUUCGAUCCAAUGGCCGACGAAAGUGCCGAUGAAACCGCAAGCGUUGGUGGUGGUCGACGGCUGCGUCGCGGUCCCGCUCGCAAGCAGCUCCCCAUACAGAAGACAGUCUCGGAGCAACGCAUAACCCGACUGUCGCGUCGCAAGUCCUUGUCCGUGGCGGCUGCGCUCCGACUGCGCAGCUCCACAUCGCCGGUGAAGAUGACACCGCUGCCACGCACCAUAACAACUUCUCCCAAGGCAGCCAAAGUCGGGCAACCAGCAGCAGCAACUGCAGCGGCUGCUGCUACUUCACGGGAUGACAUCUUUCCGCGUCCACGCGCCGCGCCACCUGCUGUGGUCAUGGCCCGUCGUCCUGGCCAGCAGUUAACACAGUCGCCUCUACAGAUCUCGUCGCCAACCCCAUCAUCAUCGCAGUCACCAGCGCAACCCUCGUCCACAGCUGCCUCCGCGACUGCACCGCUUAUGCGUCAGAUCAUCAAGCCGCGCCCUGUACCAGGAACACACCACACAGUUCCUGCUCCAAUUGCAGCCAAGCGUUUUGCAGUGCCCACGGUUACAGCGCCUCGUGCGCCACCGCCACACAGUCUACACAACGAUCCUUUGAAGUUGCCACCAGCCAGCAAAGGGGCCACAUCCUCUUCGCCACCGCAGCAACAACGUUUGGUCUCCUCCAGCAACACGCUCGUCAUAAGCACCACCAGCUACCCGACGGCUAGCAGCAACACCACAACCAUGAGCUCCAGCUCCGGUACCAGUUCCAGUAUCAGUUCCGGUUCCAACACAGUACUCACCACCUCCAUCACAGCCUCGGCGAUUGCGAGCACCACAACUCUCGUCAAGCGCUUGGAGAAGUGCUCACAAACCGACACCGCAGAUGUCUUUUCGGAUGAUUAUUUCCUGGACAUGGUGCGACCGCAGAUGCGUGAAAUGAAUUCCCGCCAGAAGAUGCGCUUCAAGCAGAAGAUCUUUAACGCGCUCAUGGAGACCUUCGAUGAUGCCACCGAUUUUCCUGAUAGCGGUGACUUGCAGCAUUUCAACAUUAAUACUCCAUCGGGUUACGAGAAUGUCUCCGAUGUGGAGUUGCGUUUGAUGCGUGAGCUUGUGAGUAUUGUCAGCGCUGCCAAGCACACGCCAGAGACAACAUCGACGGUGGCAACAGCCUUGAUCUUGCCCACUGUGGCUAAGAGCGGUGCUAUAGCGAAGGCAGCCAAGCCGCAAGGCGCGGUAGCAGCAGCGUCGCCAGCAGCGACAGCGUCGCCAGCAGCGACAUCGUCGACAGCCAAGCCGAAUCUCGAUGAGAAGCGAAUGUAUCGCAUCAUGCCCAUGGCAAAUGGCGUAAAGGUGCCGAUGACGAUGUUGCGUCAGGACAGCAUCGACAGCAACAGCAGCACCUCACGCAGCACGCCCGGGAUUGCAACCGUAACCGGAGCUGCCGCAGCUGCGGCACGUGCCAAGUUUGUUAUACCCGCCAAGUCGCCGCGCAUACAAGAUCCCCUAACUACGCUGCUGAGCACAGUGCCACAAGUGCGUCAGAUGGGAAGACGCUACUCCGUCUGCGGAGGUGUUGGACCCAGCGCCGCGUUGGCCAACUCGCAAUCGGCUGCUGCCUCUGUUGGCGCCGUUGUGUCGCCCAUGAAUGGUUCCUUGGAGGCGCUGCUCAAGCGUCGUCUCCCCAAUGUGUCGCAAUCGAUGGUGCCACCGCAGCAACGUCCGCGUUACACACAGAGUCCCACCGGACCCAUUGCACCUGGGAACAGUUUGCUGGUGCGUCGCGCUGCUGUGGCAGGUGCACAGAAGCAAAUGUCGCCACAGGGCGGCAUGCCACUAACACAAAAGUCACCGCAGCUCAGCGGCAAUACGGGAUUCAACUCGUUUGCCACUCCCACAACUCUGCAACGUGUCACAUCGCCACAGAAACGUGGCAUGGUCAUCGCUAAUGUGAAGGGUCAAGGUCAACAGCAGGCAAAAUCUUCGGUGGCUGCUGUGCGCGCUGCGGCGCCUCUCGGUCAAAUCAAGUCGACGUCGUCGCCUAAUGUGGCAAAUUUGUUGAGCGAUUCACGUCCAAACAUGUCCAAUCCAGCUCAACGACCCCCAGCUCCCGCACAGACAUCACAAGCUGCAAUUGCAAUUCAAUCUCAGCCACAUUCCCAGCCAGCCAAAGCAGCCGCAGCAGAAGCUGCAGCAGCUAAGACAGCAGCAGCCGCAGAGCAACGUGAGGAGACGCAGAUGGCGGGCAUCAUUGCCGCCGAUUACUUUGAUAUGAGUCGCAUCAAGCGUGAGCCACAGGACAUCAAGCGUGAGCCACAGGACAUCAAGCGUGAGCCACAGGACAUCAAGCGUGAGCCACAGGACAUCAAGCGUGAGCCACUUGACAUCAAGCGUGAGCCACAGGACAUCAAGCGUGAGCCACAGGUCAUCAAUCGUGAGCCACUUGACAUCAAGCGUGAGCCACAGGACAUCUUGGAUGAUAUAUUACUAUAUAUGUAUAAAUAUUAAGUCAUGAAGACCGAUUCAAAUUAAAUUUGUAACACUUAAACUCAAAUCGCAAAUAUUUUCAUUGGGUUUCGGGUAUGAAACA